AUGAGCAUUAAAUCUACUCGUUCUACACAAGAUCUUACACAAAUAUCGAUUAACUCUUUUAUUUUAUCAACUACAAAAGACAAAUCGAUGACUUCUAUAUCGGAUACUAUUGAGAAUGUUAAUAUUGAUUCUACACAAUCUAAAACUAAUAUGAUCACGGUCGAUCAAAAAUUAAAUGAGGAAUUACCAUAUACGCUUGGUCAUGGUCCACAUGAUCAGCAUUCAACUCAAUCGACUAAACAGAAUUUUUUGGUUUUUCAAUCACAAUGGCGUUUACUACAAAAAUUUGACGGUUCUGGGAAUGCAGAACAUUGGUUGAAAAACAUUAUGGAAAAAUUUGGUUCAUGGGAAGCUACAAUAAAUGAACAAUAUGAAUUAAUUCCUAGUCUAUUAAUUGGAGAUGCACUUAUUUGGUAUGCUAAACAACAAGAUGAUAUGCCAACCUUCACUGCAUUUAUAAAAAAAUUUCUACAAUAUUAUGGUCAACAAGAAUUGAACGAAAAAGUAUCAACAACAUUUAUUCCAUCUUCUUCACAAAUACCACCGUGUCAAAAAAAUGAUUCUAAAGAAAUUGUUUUAGACUCUCUUCGAAACCAAAUGUUAAUAACUAGUCUUGAAAAAUUACCAAAAUUCACCGGUAAAUCAAAACAAAAUGUAUCUAAAUGGUUAAGAGAAAUUCAGCAAUCAAUGCAUAUGUUAAAAUUAACCGAUGAAGAAAAAUUAUUCUUUGUUCCUACAUGUUUGGAAGUUGAUGCAAAAGAUUGGUUUUAUGAUAAUAUACAUUAUUUUUCAACAUGGACGUUUUUUAUACAAAAAUUAUUUAAAACUUUUGAAUCAUCUGGGAAAGCAGAUAUUUCAUUUAAUCGAUUACGUCACUAUGAACAAGGUACUAAUCAAGAUGUCCGUCAAUACUAUUUUGAAAUUAUGAAACUAUGUAAAGAAGCCAAUCCUUGUAUGGACGAUGCUAGUAAAUUACAAUACUUGAAAGAUGGUUUAAAACCAUCAUUACGUUUCGAUAUUAUAUUAAAAAAUCCAACAAAUCCUGAAGAAUUUUUGGAAUAUGCACAAAAAAUUGCUGAACUUAAAUCAUUAGACGAACAAGAUGAUGUUAUCCAUUGUUCAAACGCAGAUAACUUCACACGAUCACCACCUGAUCUUUUAUCACAUCAAAAUAAUAAACUUCGAUUCAAUAAUCGAUAUGUUCCAACGUCACAACCAGAGUCAAAUAAAGUCUAUUACCAAAAUAAUUAUGUUAAAAAUAAACCGUUUCCAACACAUCCAGUAGAUAUCACAACAUCAAAUCAAUAUCGUACAAAUAAUAUACCAAAACCACCAUAUCAAUGUUAUAAAUGUGGUGGUACCGACCAUUAUAUUCAUGAUUGCCCACAUUUUUAUCAAGGGAGCUAA